UCGCAGAAGGCGUGUCUGUGCAGAUCUGCGGAAAUCUGCGCUAUAACACUACCAAUAUGAUUUUUAAAACACCUGCGUCAUUACGAGUCCAUUGCACCGAACUGAAAGCAGCGCACUACCUGGGGCUGAUCCCGUGGCUGCACGGAGCACGGUACUAAACCAGCACGCAAGUUAAUCGGUGCUGUCAAAAGCAUGUUGUUUGGGGAUGUUACAGAGCCGACACGGGGAGCUCUGCCAUCCAGCUUCAUGACCUCGUCGAGCCGCCCUCGCAUCGGGAUAGGGAGACCGACACCAAUCAUACGAGGCGGUUCCGACCAGACACGCCUUCUGCUAGGGACGCGUUCAUUUCAGUACAGGAAACAGAAAGGUGUGCUGUGAUUACCUGAGAGAGCUGAAUGCAGCCGCUGGUGAUUUUACAACACGCUGCCUGUCUGCUGCUGCUCAAAGUGUUUAGUUUGGGUUGAAAAGGUUUUUUUUGUUUUUUGUUUUAAAUAUAAAUAAUUUGUGAGUUUUGUGUUUGUUUAUUACCUGCACGGAGUUCCGGGAAAAUAAAAUAAUCCGUUUUCUCUUUUGAAUUUCACACACAGAGUGGAGCGUGUCAUUCGUAUCUACAGACAAGUUGAGCUUUUCAAUGAGAUUAUUUACUGAAAAAAAAAAAAACAUUUAAACGCGUUUAAUUCUGAAAGACGGAAGUUACUCCUUGGAAAGUCUGUUUGUGUCAUUUCUUAUCACACCAGAGAAGUGAUGAAUAUGUUUGAAUGAGAAGGCUUCGGUAAAAACACAUAUAUCUUAGUAAAUACAAACCGAAGGCGGUGUUUCUGAAUGCAAAGAGGAUUCCGCUAGAGCAGUCUCAAACUAAACCAGUGAAGAUGGACGUCAGUGUCUCUGUGUCGUUGUUUCAAGACGAGCUCGCCUCCACCGUCGAGCUCGCAGUGAAAGCGGCUGCAGACAGCGUCGUGUGCGCGAUUACUGAAGCUGUCUGCAGCAAAUUCACUGAAUUACAAGAGGACAUGUCUGCAGUGAAGAGAGAGAAUGAAACUCUGAAGCUGAGAUUGGAAAUAUCAGAGAGCGAGCUGAAAGCCGUGCGAGGGUGUAUAAACGCUGCACAUGCAGACAUUAAACAGCCUUUCAUAUUUCAAGAUCCCAUAGAGAGCCACGCUAUCCCUGAAUCUGAAGCACAGGAGGGGCCAAAGAUAGAAGCAGUUUACACACAAGAGGAGUCCUUUGAGCAGGAGUGGUGUGCAAGUCUAAUGCAGGUUACAGGGCUGCCAUGUGUUAAAGAUGAAGACAUCCCUGAACAGGAAUGUGUUCCUUUUAAAGAGGAGUUCAUAGAGCAGGAAUGUGUCCCCAUCGCAGAGGAACAUCGUACUGAAAAUAAUGUCUGUACACUUGAGGAGAACACGAAGCUGGGAUCCAACCUGUGUGAUGAUUCUCCAUCUGAAUGUGAUCUGGGAUUUGGAGCUUCUAAAGUAGAUGAAGGAGAACACGACUCCACUCCAUCACCCCAGUGCAAAAACUCUUCUAGAGGCAAACCACAGAGCAAGAAACACAGAGAAAUGACACCCCAAGAAGAGUAUGUGAAGACAUUGAGAACUCACUCAGUUAAAAUCCCUUCUUUACAAGACAGACACCCACUUACUGUGGAGAGUACAGAGACGACACAUUCUGCAUGUUUUAACAAUUCUGAAACCCAGGGCAACUUGAAGACCUUGCUUCAUUCUGUUAAAGGUGGGAAGAGUUCCUGUCAAUUAGACGCUCCUGAAACUCACAAGGGAAACCCCACAGGAGGAACUACCUUUUCCUGGGCUGAUUGUGGGAAGAGUUUCAAUCAUAUAUCACUGCUUAAAAGACACCAGCGCAUUCACACAGGAGAGAAACCUUCCCACAUACAGUCCAGUGAUAAUAGUUUCAAACAGUUAGGAAAUCUUCAUUCACACCAGCGCAUUAUCACAGGAGAGAAACCUUAUCACUGCACUGAGUGUGGGAAGAGAUUCAGCCAGUUAGGAUACCUUAAAAAACACAAAGCGAUUCACACAGGAGAGAAACCUUAUCACUGCACUGAGUGUGGGAAGAGAUUCAGUCACAUAGGAAACCUUAAAAAACACAAAGCCAUUCACACAGGCGAGAAACCUCAUCACUGUGAUGUUUGUGGGAAGAGAUUCAGCCAAUCUGGAGACCUUAAAAGACACCAUCAAAUUCACACAGGAGAGAAACCUUAUCACUGUGCUGUUUGUGGGAAGAGAUUCAGCCUGUUUGGAAACCUUAAAGGACACCAUAAAAUUCACACAGGAGAGAAACCUCAUCACUGCACUGAGUGUGGGAAGACAUUCAGUCACAUAGGAACCCUUAAAAAACACAAAGCCAUUCACACAGGAGAGAAACCUCAUCACUGUGAUGUUUGUGGGAAGAGAUUCAGCCAGUUAGGAGACCUUAAAAGACACCAUAAAAUUCACACAGGUGUGUAAUCCUCUCCCUGCACUUAGUGUGGAGAAGUUAAGUCAGUUACAGGCUCUUACAGGACUCAAGAACAUUCUCAGAAUUGUAGACCCCUAAACAACAGGAAGAUAUUUGACUAAAUACAGAAAUGUUUACUGAAUACAAAAGAUUAAACCUGCUUGAUAAACAGGGUCACCCCUAAUCACAAUCUGUUCAGAUCAAAAGCUCAGAGACUCAAAUAUGAACGAGUACAUCUUGUAUUGAUCAUCUUGUUGAGCAUUCGGAUUGUGUUACCUCACAUUAGUAAUAUAUUAAAUAGAUUUGUUAUUAUGAAUGCACGUUUCUCUUUCCUUUCUCAUGCGUUGCUCAGCCUCUUGCAGCGGGUUCUGUGGAACCUUCCCCGAUACCACGGUGAAUCUGCGGCACCUCAAGACACAGCACAGUGUACUGCAGUUAUCAUGCGGACAGCUUGCAGGCACCAGAGAGCUUUUAGGAAUGUAAUGUGCUGCAUAGCAUUGUUUCUUAAUGAGAUGAUUUCUGCUCAGGAUGUGUUUAAUACUGCCCUCUCUCUCUCUCUCUUUCUCUCUCUUGGGUACUCUAUUAACAAACGCAAGUUCUGUGUUUUUAAUAUCACUUUGUUGACUGACAACGAGACUACUAAAGCAAAUAAAA